AUGGGUGGUGCGCAUGGUCGCCACAGCAGGCAACACAACGCCGAGGCAAACCCGCGACGUUCCCGAGGGGUGCGGUCGCGCGUGCGGGCCUGCUUUGGCCUCGAGAGAAGGGACUUGCGUCCAAUCCACCCUCUGGUUGCGCCGCUACUGGAGCAGAAGCGAGCUGCCAGCGCAAGGCGUUACAACGUUUUGGUGUCUCAAGCUGAGGCGGGUGCUGUACCUGACGAAGUGGCUCAUCAGAUACGUCUGGAUGUUGUCAGAACCUUCCCGGCCAUCCCGUCCCCACAUGGUGACUGGGGGUGGCCCCGUGACAUCGCUUCCCAGGAUCGGGAGGAUUGCUUGGCCCGCGCUCUUCUGGCCUCGGAGUGCCGUUCCGCAGAGUCAUCCCGACCAUCGAGCCCGCAGAAGUCUGGUCUGCCGAUGUUGCUGAAGAUACGUCGAUCGUGGUGUGGGGUCACGGCAGAAAGUUCAUCAUCAACUGCCCCGCUAAUGCGCAGGCAGUCGCUUUCUUUGGGUGCGGACGGAUGGGCCGUUGACACCACCCCAAGUCUGAGUGAUCCUAUGCCAACUUAUGUACAGGGCUGCAGCAUGAUGGCUGCUAUGUGCCUGGGCUUUACGGUAGGCAGGGAAGAGGAAGGCUUCUGGCUUUUCAUCCAUCUUUUGGAGGAUGUCCUGGGUGCCGAUUUCUUCUCUCGCCAGCCCGCACUGGUUGGCUUCCACGGAGACCGGGCAGCCGCUGCAGCUUUGGUCGCUUCGCAGAGCCCCGGGCUGGCUGAGCUGAUGGGUGUCCACAGCUUGGGCGAGUCUAUCUCUGCCCUGGCGUCGCGCUGUCUCCUCUCAGGAUUUGUGGGCUUCCUCUCUGGCCCGCCUCUGGUUGCCUUCUGGGAGGAACUGCUCCAGGUGCGCUGUGCGGAUUUUCCCCGCCUUCCUUUGAUCACCUGGUUGGCAGGGCUUGUUCACCACGCUGAAGGGCAGCUUGCAUCAGCUUUGGUUGGUCUUUCAAGUGAUGAAGCAGUUCCGGUCUUCUUUCGGACUGUGCAGCAGGCUGCAAAAGCACUCCCCAACAACUGGCAUCCCCGGAUAAGAGUCUCGCGGGCCCAUGCUCUGGAGCUGCGGCAGAUCUCCAAGGCCGCUGCCGAGAGGUACAGGAGCACGCAGGAAGCUUUAAACCUGAAGGAGUCGCAUGCGAAGAACGUCUCUGCCUCAUUGGACAGGACCUGCUCCGCCUUGCUUGACGCCAUGAAGCUGGCUGAAGGCAUGGGCAGUGCUUCUGCCGCAGCUGCUGGGAGCUCGCGGGAAGCAAAAGAUCAUACGACGUGCUUGGGGUCAAGAACUCAUGCCAAGUGCCAAUCUACGCAAGCUCCCGCUCACAUUGGAGAUAAUGCACGCAGCCAUUCUGUUGUCCGAUGGUAUGCGAUCAUUUGA